AUGCGAGUGGUGUUAACGCAUCUCAUCAUUCAGACUUCAAGAUACACCAAGACAUCUAUGGGUGGGGGCCAGAGGAAGAAGACAGGGCCCAAGCCAGAGCUGACUGAAGAACAGAAGCAAGAGAUACGAGAGGCCUUUGAUCUCUUUGACACUGAGGGAACUGGGACGAUAGAUGCCAAAGAACUCAAGGUGGCCAUGAGGGCAUUGGGUUUUGAACCUAAGAAAGAGGAGAUUAAGAAGAUGAUUCAAGACAUCGACAAAGAGAACACUGGUACCAUUGACUUCAAUGAGUUCCUGACAAUGAUGACAGCGAAGAUGAGUGAAAAAGACUCAAGGGAAGAGAUCCUGAAGGCCUUCAAGUUAUUUGAUGACGACAAUACAGGCAAGAUCUCUUUCAAGAACCUGAAAAGAGUAGCCAAGGAAUUGGGAGAAAAUUUGACAGACGAAGAGCUGCAGGAAAUGAUUGAUGAAGCUGACAGGGAUGGUGACGGUGAAAUCAAUGAGCAGGAAUUCCUACGGAUAAUGAAGAAGACGAGUCUCUACUGA